AUGCCGUUGAGAAUGGACAUUUGUGUUUGUAUUCCAAUGGUCCAUGACGAAUUGGAAGAUUUUGCAACGCCGGUAAGACAAGAUUUUGACAAUUUUGUGUACGAUAACAUUCAGUACAACAACGAAGAAAGUGAUUCAGAUGAAGAUGAAAUGGAUUACAAUUAUAAUGACGAAUAUUUUUAUUACUGA